GGUGUUCAAAGCUACGUUCAUAUUAUUAUGUCAGCCCAACAGUAUAAGAACACAAGGCUGCCAGAUUAAACACAGAAAUCACAUCACUUUUUCCCUCGUUGCAUGUUUCUGCCGUGCAGACCUCAUCAAGGUCUGGCCCUGCCAGCUGGACGUCCCCAGCUCCCCGUCAGCCGUAUGAUGCAACAGUCCAUACGACAGGCACCCGGAGCUCUAUGACGUCACUGGGCGUCUCCGUGACAAGCCGAGGCCUCUCCCCAAGGCCACCUGGCAGCCGAGACCACAACCUCUCCUGCGCGAUCGCUGCCUGCCCUCGCUCUCGCCGUGCUCUGCGACCGAGAGCUGCAGCGGGCGACAAGCUCAUCCGCACCCAGUCCGAUGGCCAAGGCGGAGAAAGGUGAAGCGUUGCUGCUCCUCCCGGGGAGGUUUCACGCCGGGUCUCCGCCAGGGAAGCCCCUCGGCAACUCUCCCGCUCUUGCCGUAGGCUCGGUAGCCACCUCCGACGUGGACGGAGCCUGGGUGGGCACCUGGAGACCUCAUCGCCCACGCGGCCCCAUCAUGGCCCAGUUCACCAGCCCGGGACCCAAGUACUCGAUCCCCGGGACAACAGGUUACCUUGUUCACAAUCCCACCAAAGCCAAAGCCCCUGCGUACACUUUUCAAAGGGCCAAACCUCCCGGCACAGACAGUUGCUCUCCGGGCCCUCGGUACUACGUCCAGCCCUCCAUCACCAGGAACGGGAAGUACGUGGCUCCGGCACAGCACAUGGGCGGACUUCCCAAGAUAACGACCGAGGUCACCCCUGGACCAAGUGACUACUCCACCGACAAGGCCAACCAACACCUCUACAAAUGCGCGCCGGCGCCAUCCAUGGCCUUCCAGCACAAGGCCGUCAAAACCAAUGAAACUCCAGGUCCUGGCACCUACACCCUGCCCAGGCUGGUGGGACCCAACACAGCCUACACCCACGCCAGCCCCUGCUACUCCAUGAAAGGGAAGAGUAAGCACAACGGCUUUGCUGAAGACCUCGCCAAGACGCCAGGUCCUGCUGCAUUCCCCAAGGUGGAAGUGGACACCUACAAAAUCAGGGCUCCCGCGUACACGAUGGGAAGCAAAAGUGGAAUUGGAGGCGACACAAGAGUGAAGCCAGGACCGGCAGACUACUGCCCGGGAAAGGUAAGGCAGCCUGCCCGCCUCUCCUCCCCUGCUUUGCAACAACCAGCCCUUCAGCAUCUCCCCCUUCCAACGGGGCUUCUCAGAACUCCAGACCACCUUACUGGAGUGACAAACCGCAGGACAGCAGGCCUGCUCCCUUGCCUUGGCCCAAAGCCGAGCAGAGGGAGGCCAAAGAACACAUCUUUGCCUCUGCACUAGCUCAGACGCUCAAUGCUGACACAUGCUCGCACAUUACAAGCUCCGCAGGAGGACAUGCUGCUGCAGAAGGGACAAGCAGAGCCAAGGGCAGACCUUUCUCAUGCAGGGGGGAUCAGCUGGGAGGGCAGGGGCAUCUAGCAAAGUCUGGCUGGAGCUAGAAGGGCUCUGGACUUGGAGCAAGUGCCAGUGCCAUCUCAGCUCCAGCCAUGAGCUUGCCCUGCCAGACGGAGUGGGCACGUCGCUCCGUUUUGCGUCAGACACAAGCUCUUUGCUUUGAGCGGCCUUCUGAAAACACUCGAGGGAUGGAUUUUACCUGCCCCUAAACUCUUUUUUUUUCUCUUGCCUUUAUAUGCCUCUCCAAAAAGGGAGAAAUGCCAAUCAGUAACAGCAGCAGACCAUUAGAAAUGUCCUGAUCACACAGGAGGUUUCCAUCAAGUGCGCCACUGGCACAGGGGGAGGUAGCUAAAGGUGCCCA